CUUAGCUCCCGCGCUAGAGAGAAACAUGUAUCGUUUCCGAUCACAGCUCUUCACGGGGAUUUCUGCUGCCGCCACCGCCGCCAACUUUUACCCCCGCCGCUGCUCGCCUCUGUUGUUAGCCCAAGACUCGCCUCUCAGCCGCCCGCCGCACAGACGCACGAGUAGAAAGUGCAGCUCCAUCGGCUGAUCUUCGCUGAGCUCCCGAGUUGAGGCGGCACCGGGCGUCCCACGAUGCCGAAGAAUAAGAAGCGGAACGCUCCCCACCGCGGUGGUAGUGGUGGUGCAGGUGGCGGCGGCGGCUCCGGGGCAGCUGCGACGGCGACGGCGGCAGCGACGACGACAGGUGGCCAGCAUCGCAACGUUCAACCUUUUAGUGAUGAAGACGCGUCCAUUGAGACAAUGAGCCAUUGUAGUGGCUACAGUGAUCCUUCCAGCUUUGCCGAGGAUGGUCCGGAAGUCCUUGAUGAGGAAGGCACCCAAGAAGACUUAGAGUACAAGCUGAAGGGAUUAAUUGACCUAACCCUGGAUAAGAGUGCAAAGACGAGGCAGGCUGCUCUUGAAGGAAUUAAAAAUGCACUGGCCUCAAAAAUGCUUUAUGAAUUUAUUCUGGAAAGAAGAAUGACCUUAACUGAUAGCAUUGAACGCUGUCUGAAAAAAGGGAAGAGCGACGAGCAGCGCGCCGCUGCGUCUUUAGCAGCUGUUCUCUGCGUUCAGCUGGGCCCCGGAUUCGAAAGCGAGGAGCUUCUGAAAACUCUUGGGCCGAUCCUCAAGAAAAUCGUUUGUGAUGGGACAGCUAGUGUCCAGGCUCGGCAAACGUGUGCAACUUGCUUUGGUGUGUGCUGUUUUAUUGCCACAGAUGACAUUACUGAGCUGUAUUCUACUCUGGAAUGCUUGGAAAGUAUCUUCUCCAAGUCCUGUCUGAAAGAGAAGGACACUGAUGUCUCUCGCAGCGCCCCGGACACAGUGCUCCACAUCAGCUCGCUGCUCGCGUGGGCCUUACUACUGACCAUCUGCCCAGUCAGUGAAGCCAAGAAGAAGCUGGAGCUGCAUUUCCAUAAACUUCCAAGCCUCCUUUCUUGUGAUGAUGUGAACAUGAGAAUAGCUGCUGGUGAAUCUUUGGCGCUUCUCUUUGAAUUGGCCAGAGAAAUGGAGAGUGACUUUUUUUAUGAAGACAUGGAAUCCUUGACCCAGAUGCUUCGUGCUCUGGCCACAGAUGGAAAUAAGCACCGGGCUAAAGUGGACAAGAGGAAGCAGCGAUCCGUUUUCCGAGAUGUCCUGAGGGCCGUGGAGGAACGGGAUUUUCCAACAGAAACUGUUAAAUUUGGUCCUGAACGCAUGUAUAUUGAUAGCUGGGUCAAAAAACACACCUAUGAUACCUUUAAGGAGGUUCUGGGAUCAGGGAUGCAGUAUCACUUGCAGUCAAAUGAAUUCCUUCGCAACGUGUUUGAACUUGGACCUCCAGUGAUGCUUGAUGCAGCAGCGCUUAAAACAAUGAAGAUUCCUCGGUUUGAGAGGCAUUUAUACAACUCUGCAGCUUUCAAAGCUCGAACAAAAGCUCGAAGCAAGUGCCGAGAUAAGAGAGCAGAUGUUGGAGAAUUCUUCUAGAUUUCCUGCAUUUGAUAUUUCCAAUUUCUUUAUUAUUUUUGCUACUCCUAAUGUAUAUAAACUUUAGAGACACAGUUUUUAUCUUGGGAUCAGCUUAGAUGAAUUUUGUCAUUCGGGAAGGGUUAUAUUUUAACUUAAUAUACAGUAUCACAAAUAAUGUUCUGCCUAUUGAAUAUUUUCUGUAAAUAUAUUGGUAACCACAAAUAAAGUGCUUGUAAUGUU